AUGAAAGGAAGAGGGAGAAAGAAAGGAAGGGAAGAUGUAGAAAGGGAGCAGAGAGAGAUAGAAAGGAAAGAGGGAGGUAGAAAGGAGGCAGAGGCAAAUCAGCUGAAUCAGACCAAUCAACUGAAUCAGACCGGUCAGCUGAAUCAGACAAAUAAGCUGAAUCAGAAAAAUCAGCUGAAUCAGACCAAUCAGCUGAAUCAGACCAAUCAGCUGAAUCAGACCAAUCAGCUGAAUCAGACAAAUCAGCUGAAUCAGACAAAUCAGCUGAAUCAGACAAAUCAGCUGAAUCAGACAAAUCAGCUGAAUCAGACCAAUCAGCUGAAUCAGACCAAUCAGCUGAAUCAGACCAAUCAGCUGAAUCAGACAAAUCAGCUGAAUCAGACAAAUCAGCUGAAUCAGACAAAUCAGCUGAAUCAGACAAAUCAGCUGAAUCAGACCAAUCAGCUGAAUCAGACCUAUCAGCUGAAUCAGACCAAUCAGCUGAAUCAGACAAAUCAGCUGAAUCAGACAAAUCAGAAACCGGGAACAUGUUAG